AUGCCAGACUGUCUUUCUCGGUUAUUUCUCUGUUUUUAUCUGCUUUGCACCGUGACUCUGGUAGUUUCUGCUCAACAGCAAGUCGUCCUUGGGAGUACAAAUCCAGAUAUCGUAUACCUUCCCGCAUUAUGCAAUGUUUCAGACAUGGGGUGCCUUAGUGCAUGGCAAAUAUACAUUGACUUUCCUAGCAUUAACGGAACACCGGCAAUUGCUACUGGUACAACGGGCCCAAUACCACAAACUGGGAACACCGUACCCCAGCUGUUUUUGACCUUUAGAGCAUCAGCGCUAUAUCUACUCACAUCUCCCCUCUCUAACGCAACCGUCAAUUUCUCCCUAACCGCUGAUCCGAGCGGUGUUACCAUUACAAAACAGGUCAAUACUAACAUCAGCAAGAUCAUUAUCGCCGAUAACCUGCCCGAGACCCAAACCACGACGUUAGGUGUCACAUUCCUACAAGGGCCCUCUCUCACUCGCUUCGACGUCGAGUCAAUCACACUCAACGUCACGAACAGCAGUGCGACGUCCUCUUAUCUCCCAACACUAUCAUUACCCACAUCAAGUUUCCCUCCGAGUAUUUCGCCCACCUCCACGAGUACAGUAAAUUCGAAUACCAACCAGCGAACAGUCACCAUCGUUGGUGCGACCUUGGGCGGGGUGCUUGGUCCAUUGGCCAUAUCGAGUGCAGGGAUCUUUGUUUAUCGGAGGUGGCGUCGGCGACGAAUAAAGCGGUCGGAGGGAGAUGCAGGGAUAUAUGGGAUGAUGCAACAGACGGCAAAGACUCGUUGA